GCAGCUUGACGCGCCGCCGCAGAUUCACACGGCAGUCAGCAAACAUGGACGUCACAUGUGAGCGAGUGACCUAAACAUGAUCCUUCCAGAAACCCGCGGGAACAACCAGCAGCGACAACGAGACGCCGCGGGUCGCCUUCCACGCCAUGACUACUGGCUCUAGAUCGGACCGACCUUCGGCCCUCGUUUUGCAGCCACUGUAGUUUUCCAUCACGGUUGGAAAGGGAAGUGGAGGGCAGACAGGCGGCAUGACAGAGGAGAAAUGUCCCCAGCUGGUGGACUACUUUGUAGUGGCAGGUCUCGACCCUGCGGGGCCCUGGAGGCCCCUGGACGAGGAUGGCAAGACCUCCACCAACUGCUCUUCGACGCCCUCCUCUUCUUCGUCUUCGUCGGGCCGAGCGGUGGAGUCGGUGACGGACCUGGCGGUGAUCGCCCGGGGGCUCGGCGAGGAAGUGCCGGAGGGCUUCACCUGCAUCGAGAGGACGCUGGGCGGACACUCGGCCGAGCUGAGCGCCGGCCUCAUCAACAACCCGCACCUGUACCUGUGCUACCGCCGGGGGCGGGACAAACCGCCCAUACUGGACCUGGGGGUUCUGUAUGAGGGGAAGGAUCAGCUGAAGCAGGGCUGGUACGUCAUCGAGACGACGCCCUACAGCCGCUCGGCCAACCUGAGCUCCGGCGGUGCUCCGACGGCUCACCGGGUGUUCCUGACGUACCGGCGGGCUCUGGACUCGCAGGGCCUCCACACGCUGGGCGUCACCGACAUCGCCCUGCUGCUGCCCAGCAAAGGAGAGGUCGCCCCGCACACCUUCUGCCGCGUCGACAAGAACCUCAACACCGGCAUGUGGGGUCCAGCUCUGUAUGUGUGCUACAAGAGAGCCGUGGCCAAAGCCAACGCCCUGGUCUACAAGGCCAGUCUGAUGAGCCGGUACCCAGAGGAGGACCUGGAGGCGUUUCCUCUGCCGGAGUCGGUGCCGGUCUUCUGUCUGCCGAUGGGUGUCACCGUGGAGAGCUGGCCUCUAAACACAAAGUACCAGCUGCCCGUCUUCUCCACCUUCGUCCUCACCUCCGCCUCCGGGGACAAGGUUUACGGAGCGGCCAUCCAGUUCUACGAGUCGUUCUCCAGGGAGCUGCUGUCGGAGCGGCAGAGCGUGAGGCUCGGGCUGCUCAGCGUGGUCGACCGGCGGCCGAUCACCAACCGCAGCCUGCAGGUGAAGAAGAGCAUCUGUGUCCUCUCCCACUGGCCCUUCUUCACCGUCUUCCAGAAGUUCCUCACCUUCGUCUACAGAUACUCCAUCUCCGGACCCCACGUCCUGCCGCUCGAAAAACACAUCUCCAGCUUCAUGCACAACGUCCCGUUUCCCUCCCCCCAGCGACCUCGCAUCCUGGUUCAGCUCUCUCCGUACGACAACCUGCUGCUCUGCCAGCCGGUCUCCUCUCCGCUCCCACUCAGCGGUGCGAGCUUCCUGAAGCUGCUGCAGAACCUCGGUCCAGAAAACGCCUGCACGCUGCUGCUCGCCGUCCUCACCGAACACAAACUGCUGCUGCACUCGCUCCGCCCCGACGUCCUCACCUCCGUCAGCGAGGCCCUCGUCUCUAUGAGUUUCCCCCUGCGGUGGCUCUGUCCCUACAUCCCUCUGUGUCCGCUGCAGAUGGCCGACGUGCUGCUGGCUCCGAUGCCCUUCAUCGUGGGCGUCCACUCCAGCUACUUCGACCUGUACGACCCGCCCACCGACGUGGUGUGUGUCGACCUGGACACCAACACCAUCUUUCAGUCAGAGGACAAGAAGCCGUUGUCAUGGCGAUCGUUACCCAGGAAGCACGGCAAGACUUUGUUCAACACCCUCACCAACCUCCACAAGACCCUGGAGAAGAUUUGCACUCCCGGCCAGGAGGAGGCGACGCUGGAGUUCCUGUUGACGGACUACGAUCAGAUCUACAGGAGUCAGAAGCAGCUGGAGCUGGAGAUCCAGGAGGCGUUCCUUCGCUUCAUGAGCUGCCUGCUGCGAGGAUACCGAACCUUCCUGCUGCCCAUCACCCAGGCACCGUCAGACACCACCACGGACUGCAGUUCCCUGUUCAACCUGCAGGGUUUCCUGAAGUCUCGGGACCGAACACAGCAGAAGUUCUACACUCAGCUGACGAGGACUCAGAUGUUCACUCAGUUCAUCGAGGAGUGUUCCUUCGUCAGCGACCGACACGCAUGCCUCGAGUUCUUUGACGAGUGCGUCCAGAAGGUGGAUGUGGAGAAGCCGGAGGAGGUGAGGCUGAUCGAUCUGGACGAGACUCACAGUGGAGAACACACAGUCUUCAUCAUGCCUCCUGAAGAACCGCAGGAACCUGACGGGUCCGAGUGUCCGGCCCUCUACAGUUAUGAAACCUUCCCGACACUGAGGCCAGACCUCUUCGAACGGCCCCAGGACCAGCUCCGGGUCCCGGCUAAGGGCAGCGCCGGCAGCGCCCCCAGUAGCCCCGCCCCCCGACGCACAAAACAGGAGAUCAAGCUGGCCCAGAAGCGAGCCCAGAAGUACUCGGCGGUGCCGGACAUGUGGUCCAAGUGCCUGCUGGGUCACUGUUACGGCCUCUGGUUCAUCUACCUGCCCACCUUCGUCCGGGCGGAGAGCGCCAAGGUGCGCGCGCUGCACACGGCGUACGACGUCCUCAAACACAUGGAGAACCGUAAGGUGGUGCUGCCGGACGAGGUGUGUUACAGGAUCCUGAUGCAGCUGUGCGGUCAGUACGGUCAGCCGGUCCUCGCCGUUCGAGUCCUGCUGGAGAUGAAGAAGGCUGGAAUCACACCCAACACCAUCACCUACGGAUACUACAACAAGGCAGUGCUGGAGAGCAAGUGGCCCUCCACCAGUCAGGGCGGACGUCUCCGCUGGGCCAAGCUGAGGAACGUCCUAUUGGCUGUGGCCCAGUUCAGACAGCCAAUCAGACGACGGCAGAAGAGCGGCUCAGUGGGGUCGCGCGGAGAAGCGAUGAUGGACCCCGAUCUGAGGCCUCGCCCCCACUCCAAUCUGAUCCGUCAGUCCAGUUGGAGCGGUCUGUCUGAAAGCUCCAGUCACGAGUCUCUGACGGGUUCACUGGUGAAGAGCAACAGUCUGAGCAGCAUGAAGACGCCGACUGACCAGGUGAAGCUCGGCAAGAAGACCAUCCUCCGUAAUGUGGGGACCAACGGCUGCGGUGACGCCGUCUCCCGUAAACCUCCAAUGGGACGCAGAGACACCUCCACCCCGCCUCCAGCGCCCCCCGGUGGUGUUCUGGUUCGGCGGAGCCAGGUCUGCCUGUCCACCUUCUACAAAGAGUGCGCAGAGUCGGCCGACUCAGAGCCGGACUGCGGCUGCCAGCCCGCACAGAGAGACGGCAGACCUGCAGGAACGCGCGACACAGCCGGCAGAAAUAAAGUCGUAGACGAGAACUACAACAACGUCUCCUCCCCUAGUCGAGGAGGUCUGGCGGGGAAACUCCAGCAGCUUCUCACUCCGACCAGACACCGAGUGUCUGUUCGACGAGCCGCCAGCGUGGACGACCGGCGACCAGGAGGAGGAGGAGGAGGGAUAGGACGAAGGGUGUCUGAACAGAGGCAGUCCAGGAAAGCUCAAGUGGCUGAAACGCUUCUGAAAGCCAAGGACAGGCUGGUCAGCGCCACCUCAGAGAGUUCGUUGUCUGUAGGAAGUGACCUUGACUUGACGGACACGCCCAGUCCGGCCUAUCCCCUGCGCAGGUCCUGGGACGCCAAUCAAGAGGGGACGGGGCUCGAGGUGUUGAUGUCCAGCUGCUCUCUGUGUCGCAGCUGUAACUCGCUGGUUUACGACGAGGAGAUCAUGGCCAGCUGGACGUCAGACGACUCCAACCUGAACUCGUCCUGCCCAUUCUGCUGCGCCUCCUUCGUCCCGUUCCUGAACGCUGAGAUCUGUGACUUCGGACCCGUCAGCAGUGCGGAGCGAAGCAACUGGAAUGCGGAGGACGAGGUGGAGAGCGCGGUGCGGCCCCCCAGUGGUCAGGAGGCGUCCCUGCGACACCAGUGCAACGGCCUGAGCGAAGACUCCAGCUCCGAGACCAGCAGCUACUCAGAGAACAGCAGAACAACCACAGGCUCCUCAGUGGGCGGAGCUCCCCAGGUGACGGUGGCCUACCUGAGCCCUCUGGUUCUGAGGAAGGAGCUGGAGAGUCUGCUGGAGAACGAGGGCGAGGCGGUGCUGGCCCAGCCGCAGUUCCUGGAAAACCACUCCAUCAUCUUCUGGAACCUGGUCUGGUACUUCCAGCGCCUCGGCCUGCCCAGUAACCUGCUGCAGCUGGUCAAAGCCUCGCCGCUGGUCAGCCAGUUCACACAGUCUGAGAACUCCACGGUGAGAGUGAGGCUCCUCUGGGACACCCUGACCCCCGACACAGACCAGUGGCCCCCGCUCUACAUCCUCUGGAGGAUCCACAGUGGCGUCCCGAUGAGAAGCUACGGCUGGAGGAGACACAACCACCCGUUCACGCUGUCCUUCCUGGAGGAGGUGCUGCGCUGGGUCGGCAUGAACGAGGUGCACAAAGCCGUCACCCUCUUCCUGGAUACGCUGGCUAAACAGCCGGGCUCGCCCUCGACUCAGAGGAGUUUGUACAGAGAGUUCCUCUUCCUCACGCUGGCAGCUAUGGGCAAAGAUCACGUCGCGGCGUUCGAUAAGAAGUUCAAGGCGGCGUACACUCGGCUCAGCGGCACUCUGGGUCAAGAGGAGCUCCGGAAGAAGCGAGCUCAGCCUCUGAGCCCCAAAGCCAUCGACUGCAGACGCAGCUUCCACCCGCCGCUCGAGUGCUGAUCCUCCAGGAACAGAAGGUCCCUGACGGCUCCUGCAGCGAGGGGAAGAGGAGAACCGGCAACCCCCGCACCGCCGCCGCUACGCUGCUGCCUUCACCUGCUCGUAUUCUUCACCUCUCCGCUGCCUCCUGGUGGACGCCGGAGCGACGCGCUCCUUCCCGUAGCUCCGUUUGUCUCGUCGAUGUGAAUCCAGCUCUUCGUCUCCGUUAAAGAUCCUGAUGGAGCUGGACUGAAGAGCUCGUCCACAAACACACGCUUCUCUCAACAAAGCUGAGCCGAGAUCUGUGCAGCGAGGGCGAGCUCGCCGGGCGGGAAGCUCGGGUCCGUGCGUGUCCAGAGGGAUCGGCUGCGUCUGGUUUUAGGUUUUUCCCAGAUUUUCUUUUUUAAUGAUUAAAAUCAGACCUCAAAGUCCCCGAAGAGCUCGUCAUCGGACUGAAAGAGUUGUAGGACGUCAGAUUGAUCGAGGAAGAGAAUCAGAAUCCAUCAAACACGACAAACACGACCCAGAAAGAAGCUUCAGACUUCUGAUCGUCUGUAUCACGAUCAAUCCGCCUCGUUUAAAAGGGAAGAAACUUAACGUACGUCAUCGAGGAAACAACCGGCGUUCCCACGGUACUACAGUCACAAUCCUUCCAGAUCUUCUGUUGGUCUUCCAGACAGUUUGAAAUACGGAGCUGCGACACGUUUUAAGGUUUUGAACAUUUUCCGGGAACUGAUCCUUUGAGCUCGCGUGGCGUCAUCCGUCAGCGGGGGCUGUCGCGGUGAUUCAGGGCGGCUCAGCGUCGCGCUAUUAUCGCCCUUUCUGUUGGUUUUUAGUAAAUGCUGUGUAAAAGGUUUCUGCGGGGACAGUGUUCGAUCUCCCUCCUCCUGCGGCCCCGGUCUGUGGUUCUGUUAACUGGAGACAACAGUUAGUUAACGCACGUUAGUCGCUAGUUAACAGGGUCGCUCCUUCAGCAGCUACAGAUAAAGGCAGCCGUACGUCACGCUCUCGUCUCGUCGCUACGGAGUCAACGUGAGCAGAUUGUGUCUGUAGAUUGAAGAGAAUCAGAAAAGAGUCUCAGUGUUGGUGGAAAUAAAGUUUUUACUGAGAAAAAUUAUGAUCCGACCUUAAAACAGCUGCUUUUAGACGGAGUUUGGUUUGACGGUGUGGAGCAGAGUUUUUUAACCUUAAAGUCUGUGGCGAACUGCGUCUCCUCAGCUCUCGCCGUCCUGGGCGGCGCUUUCUCGUACCGCGACAGCCCCAACGUCAGCUUCGGGAGGACGACGGGACUGUUAGCAGCUGCAAACGUCGUAGCUUCUGAUUAAUGUAAUAACUAAUUAAAAUGUCCUUUUUAAACGUGUUAAAUUGGUUUUAAAUUGAGGUAAAAACGUCACAUUAUUACAUUUACUGCUGAUUAUUGUGUAAACUCUGUAUUAUAGGAGAGUAGAUAAAGUUAUUUAUGACUUAAAUAAACAGAGUUUGUGUGAUAAUGUGAGAUUUUCCAGUUAAAGGACGUUGUUACAUUAAACAGCAGUUAUUCUUUCUCAGCUGUUGAAUGGUGACAGACUGUAUUCAGUUUUUAUUUUUAUUUAAAGGGAGUUUGAGGAAACUGUCUGAGUGGUUGAUGGACGUUAAUGUUUGUGUCGACGCUUCAGGAACCCACUCGUUGUUUUUCGGCUGGUUGCGUUUGGGCCGAGUUUUAUUUAACUUUUAAGGUUUUUAUCAAACUAAAACAAACAAAAAACCCAAAAGCAGCAACCUGAAGUUCAUCUAACGGCCACUAGAGGCACCAGCAGUGAUGUACGGAAGACUGCAACUGCCAAUAUCAAAAAUAAAUAAAUACUAAACAUUAAAUUUAGGGAGGCACAAUAUGGAUAUUUUACAAUAAUGGAUCAUUUCACAUUUUUUCGAUUUUAAAAAGCAAUUAAUAAUAGUUUUUACAUACUUGAUGCUGAGAUAUAGUGAGCAAAGAUCUGUUCUACCUAAAUCUAACUGACAUCACUAUUGUUUACAACAACAACAACAGCAACAACAAACAGUUCUGACUCUUUUUCAGUUCAUUAAACAACAAACAUAAAGUUCAUCAAUCUUUUUUUAGAUUAUUGUCACGUAAAGGUUGAGGAAUCUCGUCCCGAACCAGACGCUGUGCAGAGAGCGACUCGUUGCGACUGAGCGUCCUGUGGAGCAUGCUCAGUUUGACCUGAUGCACAUUCACCUUCCUGUCUGUCUGUCUGACUGAGUGUCUGUCUGUCUGACUGUCUGCGAGACAUCCAGUAGGUCAGCUGACCAGUUCGACCUCCUACUAAGCAGCAGCUCUGCUAACAGUUUAGCUCCGGGGCUUCUCAGCAAAUCAGCAGGGAUUUGAACCCUCAACCUCAUUUUAGACGAAAUCCAGAAUAUUAAAAUACGAUGAAAAUAGUUUAAACAUUUUAUAUCUCCGAUAUUGAUCAGAUAUUAAUCAAUCAGUUCAGGUUUAAUCAGGAAAUUGAUCUCGUUUUAACUCUCUCACCAAUAAUGUAAACAGGAUGUGUAAAUCAUUAUAAUACAGCGAUUAAACCAAAAUAAGAUUGUAAUCAGAAAUUCCUUCUUUUGGAGGACCGCAAGUGCCAAAAUCAGGACUCAAUAAAUAAAUAGAUAUGCAAUUAAAAUGCACUUAAAAUAUUAAAAUAAACGCAGCCAUUCAUUUAUGUAUAAAAUUUGACAUAGUUGAUAUUUAUGCUAAACUAUACUUUUACAUUUAAUUAAACAUUUAAUUUAUUACUUUAAAAAAAAAUUUUGUUUAAUUUCCCCUUUACAUUUUUACCCCGUAUUUAUUUCCCCAUACUUAUUUAUUUAUGUUUUCUUUUUACAUUCCUGCCUCAUUAUGCAAAUGAGUUGGCUGUCAUGCAGAAAUAAAUCAGUUUUGGGGAAAUAAAUAAAUAAAUCUAUUUAAAAAAGGAAUAAAUUAUUAAAUCAAAUGUAAAAUUAAAUGGGGAAAGUAGGUGAAUUAAAAACAGAAAUAUCAGUUUAUUUCGCAUUUUAUAAAUUAAUGCCCACUUUUAUUUUAGUAUUAAUUUUGGUGCAUUUAUUUGGACAUAUUAAUUUAUUUAAGUCAUGUGUUUGGCAGGUGCGAUCCUCCACACAUUCCCUGCUGCAGCCAGGAGCCUCGGAGAAAAAACAAAUAACUAAAUCUGUAUCUGCAAACUCUUUUAGUGUGAAAAUAUCGAGUCAAACUUUUAAAAAAGUGGAAGUUUACUGUUGUUUUUUAAUGUGGCGGCUCAGUGUUUGUCGGCUGAGAGAAGAUUGUGAGCGAAGGACGGUUCACUGCAGCAGCUUCACUGUCACAGAGAAAAAACCCUUCACUGUAUAUUUGAACGCACUGGACGUCAGUAAUUUAAGGGAAUUUAACUUUGUGUUGCCGGUUGUUUUAUUGGUUGGAUGAUUACAGUCAGCGGAGGAGAGGAGCGUAUUUAAAAUAGAUAAUUGUGUUUGCUGUUGUAAUUUAUAUAUGGCUGUGAUUUUGAGUUGUAAAUGUUUGUUUUUUUAAGAAAACACAAAAAUAAAAGACCGGGAUGAGCCCCCCAAAAAA